GUGCUGAGCAUCGGGUUACGGCCACCUCGCACUCCACUACGUGACCGAACCACGACUCGUUAAAGAUGUGUGUGUAGGAGAGGCGCGGCAUGGGCCAGGCCGGCAGCCACGCGCCGCCGCCGCAGCGCGGCCGCCGCGCGCACACCCUGCCGCACGACCCGCCCCGGCUCGCGCCUAAGGUGCUACCCACUCUAUGCGAGUCGCCGCGCCUGCGCAGCACGGACAACGGUGCGAUCCUGCAUUCAGGCGGCACCAUCAGCGGCAGGAGACCCAACACUAUACAUGAAAAUGUGCCACACGGACAUGUGCACGCGAAUGUGUACCGGUCACGGUCAGCCGGUACCUCGGGUGACGGCAGUGAGAUACGCUCCAGGGAGCGGGACCCGCUGCACAGGUCACACACCAACCUCGAGCUACGACAUGAUAGCAGCAGUAUAAACAAACGAUUUGGAUCUGAACCGGAUCUAAGAAUAGAAGAAGAACAGAAAACGAGAAAUGGAAAUAAACACUUCCGGAAAAAGUACAGAGCACCUCCUCCUCCCACCAAUGACAACUUCGAAGGUUCGUCGCCUGAUUCCAGCGAAGGAAACACUAGACCUGAACCCCAGAGGAAACUAAGACUGUUCAAAACUAGAAACGAAACCAAAAAACUGAACGGCCAAGACAAUUUGCAGUUCAGAAAUUCAUAUCACGAAUACAAGUCACUCGAUAUGACCGAUAAUGCAGCUUUUGAACGACGAUAUCGGUCGCCAUGUAAAGAUAAGGAACAACACUUCAAGUAUCCUGACAACCAGGACAUGGUGCAGAGCACUGCCUCACUCAAGAGAGAGGAACGACUCAUACAAACGAAACAAGACUACAGGAAGACGAGGAUAGACAGGAUGAGCGGAUGUCGAGCGAAGACGUCCAAGACCGAACAAAGCGAAGCGUGGAAGACGCCACUACUAAACAGGAAUUUCAGGUACUCCGAGAGGUUCAAGAAAGAUGACAAUGAACUGCCCACGCUCAGAAGAGAGAGGACCUUCGAUGAAACUCUAAUGGCAAGUGAAAGAGAAAACGAACCCUCUAGAGCGGUCCAUGAGAGCAGGAUGAAAGCCAUCGGCGAACAGCUCCGGGGGAGCAAGCUGAGCCCCCUGGCGGAGACCAGCAAACCAUUGAGAAAAUCUCUUCCUUCACUAUUGUUAAAAAAUAAUGAAGAAAAAGAUGAAUUUCAAGCGGAACUCAAAAAGGCUACGAGUAGAAUUAGAAAUCAAUUAGGCAGUAAAAUUAAUGAUAGUGAAACCAAAACUAGUCAAGAGAAGAAAGAGCAGAAGAGCCCAACGAAAAUACCGAAUAAAGUCAAAAAGUCUAGUCUAACAAGUGCUGCCAACAAGCCAGACACUAAGGUCGUCAGUAGGAGGCCUCUAGGUCGAGCUAACGAGGAUAAAACUAGACAGGCGAAUAACAACAUUAAUGCCAAGACAUCAGACAAUAAAUACAAAGUGAGCAGCAAGGAGAAUAGCCGCCCGAUGCCGGACAGAGGGCAGGCCUCCGGGAAGGAGUCCACGCCUGAACAUUCACCCACUAGGAAGUUGGACUCCUUGAUUAACCCACCUCAAGAAAAGACAAAACAACAAGCUCCAUCGAAGCAGUUUUACUUCGGUAUGAUAGAGAGCAAGCAGACCAACACACACGAGCAUCUGAAGGACUUCCCAGGACUGGGUAGCCCUAUCAUCGAGGAAAUUUCGAACUUCCACCUCAUAGAACAAAAACUGCUCAACUAUCAUGAAGAAGACGAGGAAUUUGACAAGUUUAAUGCCAAGAUAAAAGAGGAGACUAAAGUUAAGAAUUUAUCAUCGGAAUCUGCACUAUCUUCAGAGGGCUCAGAGGGCUCAUGUUCAGAAGGUUCAUUGGGUAUCGCGCUACGCCUGCGACCCACACUACCCAAAAAGCAGCGUGCUGUGCCACGAUUCUCUCCUGCAGCAGCCUGGAGACAGCUAGCAUCAUUAGAUGAUCAUCUCGCCGCAGAAACUCAACCGUUAGCUGUCGAAACAAAGAUGUCAGGCGACAUAUCGGCUGAGUCAUCACCCCGUUCAGACCAGUCGGCCGACAAAUCUGGAGACUCAGGCAUCUCAGGAGAUCAUGCGCAUUCAGAUCACAGGAUAGACUCUCCAUCUAGACAUCAUGCGCAAGACUCAAGUCCGGCAGCCUGGACACCACAGCAAGACCUUGGUGACAGCAGUUCGGAUGGAGCAGGUGGUGGAGUUGCCCUACUAGGAGCUGGCCUUGCCACCUACAGUCCAGGACACCAGCCCUUCAGCCUGUCACUGCCCAGGGAUCAGCAAGACCGAGGCAAACAGUUACAGCAAGGCUUCAACAGUCUCCAGAAACUUCGGAAGUCGGUAUCUGGUGCCUUAGGAGCAGCUUUAGGAUCUAGAAGGUUCGACUUGGAACAUGAACCGAUGUUACAAGAGCCGGAACAGAACUGGUUCCUAACGAAGUCUGCGCCUAAUUCCUUGACCAAUCCACUGAUGUUCCAACCACCUGCGAGGGCGAAGGGUUCUGAAGAAGAUGCUAUUAAAGAAGAAUCCUUACCAGCUUCCGAAAAGGAGGAGCUGGGCACGUGGCGGCCUGGUAACUCGUACUUGUCAUGGGGUGGGCACGUGAUGUACCUGCCUCCUGCUCCCGCCGCAGAACAGCCGCUGUCCAUGCUCGGACCCAUCGACAGGCCCGUCAGGAGCAAGUCCAGCGGUUGCCUGGAGGCAGGCGCACGGGCUGCGCGGGCGGCAUUAUGCGCGGAAAUGCGCGAGCGCGAGCGAUCCGCGUCACCUGAGGUACAACGCGCGCUGCCAGCGAGAGUACUACCAACCAACACUGUGAGUACAUAA